AUGUUGGUUGGUACCCCUCACCUGCUGACACUGGAUGAAGCUGAUGCUAUCUGGACCCUCAUCAAAGAUAAGGUUAUAGAGGAGCGCUUUGGGCCCAAUGUAGUGGCAGUACCUUUCCUGUCGGAUGCAGCCUGCUUUGAUCUACUGGGUGUGCUAGUGAAACAGUCCCGCCCAGCCCACACCCGCCUGGCUCUGCCAGGUCGGCAGGGCCGGCGGGCACUACAACCAGUGGGGCCACUACCGAACCUCCUGGAGCAGGCAGGCUCUGAAGGUGCCUUUGCCCACUGCACUAGAGAAUACUCACCAAAUGGCCGGGCAGAGACAGCCUAUGAAGAAAUGUGACUGUUGGAUGGGCAGCCCUGCCGGAUCCGCUUACAUAUGGGUGGCUUGCGUAAGAAGGUGGCCUUCCUGCUGCUGCCACCAGGGCAGGUGAGCCUACAGCAGACUCUUCCCUGGCUCCGAAGCACCCACAGCAUCUACGUCAUCUACCAGGUCUUCUCCUGUUCCUGGCUACAGCUGGGGCUGCUGCCUACAGCCCGUGAGCCCCAACUGCUCUGGUUACAGCGGUCACUGCCUAUUGCCUUCUCCUGCCUCAAGUUUUCACUGCAGCCCAAGGGAGUGCUGGGACCACAGAAGCCCCUGAUCAAAGACCCACUGCCCCAUGGGGCCAGUUGGGUCAGACCCGACCUCAGCAUCAUGCCACCUCCGGCCCCCACGUCAGCCCCUGCUGAUGUCCCUGAAGCUGCUGAUGUGCCCUCACCUGGCCCAGCCCCACCUUCACCACCUCCCCAGGAAGGGCCAGAGGGCAGACCACCCAGAUUCUCCUACAAGGGCCGAAACCCCUUCCGAAGGGGGCCCCAGAUGCUGUCAGAGAACUGGCUCUUCAGCCCCCGAAGCCCCGCACCAGGAGCCCAGGGUGGGGGACCCGGGGACCCCGAGCGGCACUCCAUGUCCCUGCCCCUGCUGCAGGGUCUGUCCUCGGAGAUCGACAGCGACGAAUGA